AUGGGUGUCCUGGGCCUUACGCGCUGGGCAAGCGACAACGAACGACUUAUUUCGAGCGAGCUUACGCUCCCUGUGCCACACAGCACUGGCACUGCGCUCGUCGACGGCGAGCCUGCGCAGCUGGAGGCAAAGGGCGACUGGCUCGUAAUCGAUGCGUGGGCGUGGGUACACUAUGUCUGGCACUCGAUGAACACGAACGUGUACCAGGGUGGCUCGUUUGUGGCCUUCCGUCUGCUGCUAGGCGCAUGGAUCGAUACACUUCGCUCGGCUGGCUUCCACCUCGUCGUGGUGAUCGAUGGGCCGCGUCUGCACCAAAAGCUCGGUGCGGCGCUCACCCGCUCGCAGAACUACGUGCGCCUGAACGCCAAGCUGAUGCGUGCGGGCCCCAAGCUUCGCACAGACCACGAGUUUGAGCACGGCCGUAUCCUCCCCCCCGGCCUGAGCGAGUGCCUCUUUAGCGUGCUCGAUGCGUAUGGCGUCGAGUGCCAGGUCGGCGCCGAGGAGGUCGAUGCCGCUAUUGCGCAGCUUGCCAACGAGCGUGAGGGCUACGUGCUGAGCCGCGACUCGGACUUUUUGGUGCUGUGCGGCAAUGCGCCGCAGUGCAAGGGCUACGUCCCCCUUGGCUCGAUCGAGUUUAUUGCACACGAGACCGGUGCCGGCCAGGCUGAGGCGCCGCCUGCAGAUGACGACGACGGCUUCACGACCGUUGCGACCGCCAAGAGCAAGCGCGGCAAGAAGCAGCAGGCGGCGGCGAAGCUCGCCAACCUGCCGCAUGUGCUCCGUGCGCCCGUUCUGCCCGCGCAGCGCGAGGCGCUGCGUGAGAGCGCGGUGCGGUUCCGGUGCUACUCGGCCUACCGCUGCGCGGCGCAGCUGCAGCUGCCGAUGAACCUUCUGCCGAUCUUUGCGGCGCUCGUCGGCACCGAGAACCGCUCGAGCGACCAUGUCGAGCUGUUCAACACAGUCUUCCACGGCGUGUCGAACCGUAUGCCGGUGAUUGCCUCGCUGCUUGCGGAGCAGUACAAUGCAAUCAAAGGCGAAGACGAGUCCGGCGCCGAGCCCGCGGCCGAUGCCAAUGCCGGCGAGUUUGCGAUCGAUACGCGCGACCCCGUGCUGCGCCUUCUUUCGCGCACCUUUGACGCGUUGGUCGAGUACGGCCGCAAGCGCCGUGGUGCGCAGAUCACCGUCUCGUGGGAGAUGCGCCACAAUAUCGUGCACAACAUGCAUACCGUUGCGCUCUCGUACAUGCCCGGCAGCGGCGACGAGGCAAUCGACCGCUUCAUGGCGCAGAGCGACGUCAAGGCGCUGAGCGUGUACCAGGAUGCGUACUGGAAGCGCAACUUUGACCAGGUGAUGGUCUCGGUGCUUCUCGAGCGUAUCUACAUUGCGCGUGUCUUCCUCGAAGAGCCCGAGGAGCCCGCGAGCCAGCGUGUGGUUUCGCGCCCGAUGCGCAACCUCGUCUGGUCGGCUUUGCUGGCCGUGUGGCUCGCGGCGCACCCCGACGCGGCGGACCCCGAGCCCGAGCUGGUCGAGGAGAUGGCCAAGGCAUCGCUUGAAGGCAACGAUGAGGUCGAGAACCUCGAGGCGGAAGAGGAGGAUGAUGACGAGGACAACGACGAGGACAACGACGAGGAAGAUGAUGAUGAAGAGGAAGAGGAAGAAGAGGAAGAAGAGGAAAUCAACGAGGAGGAUGCUGCGGCCGCGGCCGAGCAGGCCGCCAUCGAUGCGCGCCUUGCGUCCCUCCCCAAGAUCACGGAAUACACACGUACCGAGUACUCUCUGCGCAAGGAAGAGGUGCCGAUCCUCCCCGUCGCCGAGUUGCUCGACAACAUUGCGAAGCGCACCGAGGCGCCGCUGUCGCCCCAUCUGUCGAAGCUCAUUGGCGAGCACCUCGGCGAGGAUGCCGCGCCGAUCUUUGUGCCCGACCUUGCCGAGGACGUGCGUGUGGACAUGUGGCUCUAUGCGCACCAUGCGCUCGUCCCCGAGCUGCGCAAGCUGCCCGAGGACGUGUGGCCGAUCGCGGCCGUGCUACGCUACGUCAUUGUCGCGAACCAGGAGCGCCUCGGCUCGAUGCGCACCAAGCACAACUGGACGCAGCAAGAGGUCGAGGCCGCGGUGUACUCGGCGUGUGUCGCGCGCCGCCUGCACAAGGAGGCGAGCCUCGAGGAGCUCCAGGCGGUGACCGACGCCUACCCCAGCGGCUCGCCGCCGAACCGCUCCAUUACGCUGAGCACGAUGCUUGCCUUUGCUUUUGAGACGAGCGCGAUGCUCACCCAGGCCCUUGUGCUCAAGCCGACCUUUGCAAACGCGCUGUACGAGCCGCCGCUCUUCCACGCGCGCCUCGGCGAGCAGAGCAACGAGGCGUGGGCCAAGUUUGAGGACGCCGAGCUCUACGAGCAGCUCCUCGCGGUCGUCCUGCACGGCCUCGAAACUCGCCUGGGCCGCACGCGCAAGGCUGUGCCCCCGGCGCAGCGCGCGCACGCGCCCCGCCCGCGCCGUCACCACGGCCUACUCGAAGAAACGAUGCUGUAG